AUGGACAUCAACUCGUUGCUGUCGCCGAGCGACUCGCCUGCAGGCACUCCCACUCCACAACCGCCACCAGCCCUCCCGUCGCCGUCAGUGCUGCACUCGCCGAGGAAGCGCGUAGCACGCCAAAUGCCGUCGCGAACCCCUUCAGGUCUCAGUCAGCAGAUCACCUCCUCGCCGCAACCACACGCCACGCUCCAGCAGAUACCCUCUCCAGGCUUUGCGCACAUCGCGAACGGCGCAAGAGCUAUGCACAGCGCCAUGAGCACCCCACAGCCUCUUGCGUCGCCUCACGAUGCGCGCAUGACCCCUCCGCACCCAAUGUUUAGACAGGCCUCGACGCCGGGCAUGGACACGUUGGCAGAUCUUGCUAGCAUGCAGCAACAGCAGGCUGCUCGACAGACCCCAGUAGCUCACCAGCGGCCAGUGACCCUUGGCGUUCUUGCGCAAACACGUUUCCCCACCACCGCUGACUUUAUCUUUGCAGACUACAACAUCUCGGACAGCACCUUUCCGCACAUCGAUUGGCUGAUCCAGUUGGACCAGACGCUGAUGGAGAAUCCAUUCGACUACUACAGCCAUCUAUCUCUCGUCACCACCCUCCACCAAGGCUUCCAGAACCACCUUUCCACUUUCGAAUCUGGCCCGCACGCAUACGAGUUGAUUCAUACCUUGCGGGAUGCGUACAAGUCCAUGUCUGAGAAAUACCCACUUGGCGAGACUCUGUGGCAUUACCGACUGAACGACGAAAAGACACUAGCGCAGAAUGCUGAAGAUCGCAUGGGCGUUUUGGAGUACCACAAGCAAGCAACUCACGAAGAACCCUACAGUGCAAAGCUCUGGGCCGCCUAUGGUGAGUAUACAAGUUAUCUUGUGGCUUGCUCCUGGGAGCAGGAUCCACCAGAGCAUUGGUCGGAAGAAGACCGGCUGAUCGGCCGCGAACUCUUCAAGCCACAAUUAGUACUUGAAGCGCUUCAGGAAGGAGCCGACAGGGUCAAAUACAACCUCCAGGAAAGCAACCUGGUGUGGGAUCGCUAUCUGCAAGUGCUCGAAGAAGAUCUAGAGCGUGGUGGGUUCAGUCAAGAGAAGGCCGCUCAUGUGGCCGGAAUCUACACAGAACGUCUCGCUCAACCCCAUGCGACAUGGUCAAACACCUUCUCGAGAUACUCGUCUUUCAACACACGAUACUAUAAGGAUCAUUACGAGCAGCUUAUGGAGCAAGCUCUGCAAAAGAACACGCACAUCAAGCAGCAGUACGCCAACCGUGAAGAGUAUGAAUUCAAGGUCCUACAAGCAAUUCAGGCAGGCGAUCAAGAUGCGGAGUACCACGCAAUCACACGCUAUCUCAAAUGGGAGAAGAAGACCAUGGGCGUGUACAGCUUUCAUCUUGUCAAUGCCCUCUACGAGCGAGCGACCUUGCGCUUCCCCGUAGACCCUUCACUGUGGGAAGAUCACGUCGAAUUCCUCAUCUGGCAACAAGAUCGAUCUGUUGAUCUACUCAACGUGCUCGAGCGUGCUACAAGGCACUGUCCGUGGUCUGGCGCACUGUGGUCGCAUCGUAUUCUAACACUUGAAGCGGAGAACAAGGCUUUCGAGGACCUUGAGCAUGUGAAGCACACAGCCACUGGAUCUGGUCUCCUCGAGCAUGCCGACUUGGAAGAGCUGAUCAAGGUGCAAACCGCCUGGUGUGGGUACCUCCGGCGGAGAGCUUUCGAUGACCCUCGAGCGACGGAAGAUGAUGUCGACAUCGCCGAAGUUGGUAUUCGUUCCGCCUUGGAGUUUGUGAGAGAAGUUGGGAUUAAGAAACACGGCCGAGACUGGUCUGAUCCCAAGUGGCGGCUUGAGCGCAUUCAUAUGAAAUUUUGGCUGCAACGAGGCAAUAUCGAUGAGGCACGUCAAAUAUUGGAAUCACUUGCUGCAAAACAAGGUGACUCAUAUGACUUCUGGUAUCGGUGGUAUAUCUUCGAGAUGGUCUUUUGGUCACAACACGCUACUCGCAACAAGGCAAACGCUGGCCAACAGCUUCUUACUCCAUCGCAAGCUACUGCGGUUCUGGAGCGGGGAAUGGAACGGCUCACGACACUCGACCUUCCAGAACACCUUGUUGAGAUGUAUAUCACUCAUUGUGAACAACAUGAGUCGGUCAUCAAGGUUCGAAGUGCGGCAAUUGAGCGGCGACGCGCUGAUCGGACUAUAUCAAUCCGAAGAGAGAAGGAACAAGCAUCCGCAGCAGCUAUAGCCUCACAACAAGCGACUCCUCCGAGCGAGCUUGCGGAAAGUUCGGCGAAGCGGAAGCGCGAUGGAACGAGUCAGGAGGAGGUUGUUACCACCAAAAAGAGCAAGAUGUCGAGUGCCUUGGAAACGUCGGGCGCUGUUGUGAACGGUGAACCUAGGGAUACUAGUGAAGCUCCUUCCGAAGCCCAGUCGUCUGGCCAAAAGCGAGAUCGCGAGCAUACGACCAUCAUUGUGCGCAAACUACCCGCUGACACGACGCAAACCAAGAUCAGGCAGUUCUUCACAGAAGUUGGCACUGUCCGUAAUCUGGUAAUGAAAGAAGAGCAUGGCGCCUUGACGGCUGUUGUGGAAUUUGAGUCCCCUGACGAGGCUGAGUAUGCUUUGACAAAGGAGGCCAAGGGUUUCCACGGACACGAAAUUUCCAUUGAACGAGGCCAAAGCACGACACUCUACGUCACAAACUAUCCGGCACAUGCCGACGAAGCUUACCUGCGCAACUUGUUCGCUCCCUUUGGCGAGGUUAUCGGUGUUCGGUUCCCGUCCUUGAAGUUCGACACGCAUCGCAGAUUUUGUUACGUUCAAUUCGACAACGCCGAGAACGCCGUUGCAGCUACGCAGCUCGAUGGUACCGAUGUUGAAAGCCUUAAGUUGAUAGCCAAGAUCUCCGACCCCAAAGCCAAGAAGAAGCGUGAGAGUGCCAUCACUGAGGGACGAGAGGUGUACGUAUGGCACCUCAACUUUAAAGUCAAGGAGCGCGAGAUCAAUGAUGCUUUCAGUCGGUUCGGCACCAUUGAGAGAAUCAAGCUGCCGCUCAAGGGUCACGGUAACAACAGAGGUUACUGUUUCGUUAACUUCAAGACCAAGGAGAGUGCGGAUGCCGCGGUCGCGGAAAUGAACGGCAAGAAUUUCUGGGGCUUGGACCUGCACGUAGAGAUAGCCGUCGAUCGUGCUGAAAGCAAACCAAAGACAAGGUCUACACUGGAAGCUGAUUCGGACGUGCGCGAAGCUACUCCAGGCAAGACGGAGGCUACCCAAGACGCUACGUCUAAACCAGAGGGAACGAUCGGAUCUCGAUCUAUCGCCUUCCUCAACAUACCUGACACCGUUCCUGACGUGCGCAUCAAGCCCCUCGUGGAGCCAUUCGGGUUCAGAAAGAUCACGCUCGAGCCAAAACACGGAGGAGCUAUUGUUGAAUUCAACACGGUUGAAGGAGCCGGUAAGGCAGAAAUCGCACUCCAAGGCCAAGACUUUGAGGGACGUAAACUUCGCGUUGGUACGGUCAAGGAUCUCAGGUCUCAAAAGAGCGAGUGGAAAGCAAGCAAUAGUUUCGUACAGCCCAGCCGCAUCAACAGACCUACCGUUCGUGGACGCUCCGCAGGCGGUCGAGGUCGUGGAAAGUCUGGUAUCAGCGUUGGUCGACCUUCGAUUCCCAAGAAUGCUACAACCACGAACGGUGAGGCGAAAAGCAAUGCGGAUUUCCGUGCCAUGAUCAUGAAUAAGGGUCAGGCUCAGGAUGGGGACAAGAUGGAGGAGUAA